UAAGUUAGCGAUUAGCCGGCACAAAGCGCGUGCGAAUCAUCGUUGGCUUCCCAUAGGCGUUCAUAACCCGCAAAGCCUUUCCGCCUCCGCUUCCAGAUCCACUGCCAUCCGUGCCGAUGGAUGCCAUCGAUUCCGUCGUCGAUCCUCUCAGAGACUUUGCCAAGGACAGUCUUCGUCUUGUAAAGCGUUGUCACAAGCCAGAUCGCAAAGAAUUCACAAAAGUAGCAACCCGUACGGCUAUUGGUUUCGUUGUGAUGGGCUUUGUUGGAUUUUUUGUCAAGUUGAUUUUCAUCCCGAUUAACAACAUUAUUGUUGGCUCUAGUUAGGUUAGGUCGAAGUUUGAUAAGGGGUGACCGGAUAGUAUCACAUGAAUUCAUAGCUGCUAGCUCUUUUUGUCCUUAUUUUCCAUUCUUGAUUGAACGAGAACUUCAUAGCCUUUUUUUAUUUCAAAGUAUAUGGAAUUGUGUCUUCUGACAUCAGGUGUCUUGUAUCGUUCUUUAUUAACAUCCAUAUGGAAGUACUGGUUUAUUAAAUCGAUGCCAUGCCCUUGAAAUCAUAUAGAGAACGAGGGAAGGUGAAAAUACAGGAGUAUGAGAUUUUAUAUACCUUCUUAUGUCACACUUUCUUUAUAUUUGAGAUAUUUCGAAACGGGUCGUUAA